CCCAGACCCCUGUGAAACAGGAAAUGCCUUCCUUAGGCAGAGGCAUUUUAGGCCGAGGCUUGUCUGUCAGUGUGGUGCACAAGGAAAAAGAAGAACCCCGUCCUGCUUUUCUGGACCCGUCAGUGUUGGCAGCUGGGGAUAGCAAGAUGGCAGAAGCCUCCAUUGGUUGGAAUAGAAUGCUUGGAAGAGGGAGUUUGGACAUGCCUGUGUUGCCGUUGGGAAGAGCAGCUGGUGGCAUAGGCAGAGGCGUGUACAAGGCUCCUGGUGCUGUCAACGUGCCUUCUUGUGGUCCUGCCCAACAGCCAUCACUGCCACUGCUGCCCCUGUCCUCACUACGCUCUCUGGAUCACCUUCCACUGGGGACUGCAGAGCACCAAAAAAAAGAGCUUUUUAUGAAGCAAGGAUCAAAAGGAAAACCUCAACCUUUGGGAUUGAACCUUAUCAAAAUACAUUGUCAUAAUGAAGCAGUUUAUCAGUAUCAUGUGACUUUCAGCCCCAAUGUGGAGUGCAAAAGCAUGAGGUUUGGCAUGUUGAAGGACCAUCAAGCUGUCACCGGAAAUGUCACUGCUUUUGAUGGAUCCAUUCUCUAUCUGCCUGUAAAACUUCAACAAGUUCUUGAGUUAAAAAGUCAAAGGAGAACCGAUGGUGCUGAGAUCAGCAUUAAGAUUCAGUUGACCAAGAUCCUGGAGCCCUGUUCCGACUUGUGCAUUCCUUUCUACAAUGUUGUUUUUCGUCGGGUAAUGAAACUUUUAGAUAUGAAGCUUGUGGGGAGGAACUUCUAUGACCCGACAGAUGCUAUGGUACUGCAGCAACACAGAUUGCAGAUCUGGCCAGGCUAUGCAGCUAGCAUUCGGAGGACAGAUGGUGGUCUCUUCCUGCUAGCUGAUGUCUCCCAUAAGGUCAUUCGCAAUGAUUCUGUGCUGAACGUCAUGCAUGCCAUUUAUCAGCAGGACAAGGAAAAUUUUCAGGAUGAGUGCACUAAGCUUCUGGUUGGCAAUAUUGUUAUAACUCGAUACAACAACCGUACCUAUCGUAUUGAUGAUGUGGAUUGGAAUAAGACUCCAAAAGAUACCUUCACCUUGUCUGAUGGGAAGGAGGUCACAUUCUUGGAAUAUUACAGCAAAAACUAUGGGAUCACAAUUAAGGAAGAGGAGCAGCCACUGCUGAUCCACAGACCCAGUGAGAGACAAAAUAGCCAGGGGAUGCUGCUAAAAGGUGAAAUCCUGCUGCUGCCUGAGCUCUCCUUCAUGACUGGGAUCCCUGAGAAGAUGAAAAAGGACUACAGGGCCAUGAAGGAUUUGACCCAGCACAUCAACCUGAGCCCCAAACAGCACCAUAGUGCUUUGGAAAGCUUGAUACAGAAAAUUUCAAAAAAUGAGACAGCCAACAAUGAACUAACACGUUGGGGACUCUAUCUGCAGAACGAUGUACAUAAGAUUGAAGGACGUGUUCUGCCAAUGGAAAGAAUUAACUUAAGAAAUACUUCAUUUAUCACAUCACAGGAAGUAAACUGGACUAAGGAAGUAACCAGAGACCUUUCCAUCUUGACCGUCCCCAUGCAUUUCUGGGCACUCUUUUACCCAAAGAGAGCUAUGGACCAGGCCCGAGAACUGGUUAACAUGUUAGAGAAGAUAGCUGGCCCCAUUGGCAUGCGCAUGAGUCCACCAGCCUGGGUUGAACUAAAGGAUGAUCGAACUGAGACCUAUAUCAGAACCAUUCAAUCCAUGCUGAGAGCAGAGGGGAAGAUUCAGAUGGUCGUGUGCAUCAUCACAGGCACACGUGACGAUCUCUAUGGGGCCAUUAAAAAGCUGUGCUGUGUGCAGGCUCCAGUGCCUUCACAGGUCAUCAAUGCCCGAACCAUUGGUCAGCCAACCAAGCUUCGGAGUGUGGCACAGAAAAUUUUACUUCAGAUUAACUGUAAAUUAGGUGGUGAGCUCUGGGGAGUGGAUAUUCCUCUGAAACAGUUAAUGGUGAUCGGGAUGGAUGUUUACCAUGACCCCAACAGGGGCAUGCGCUCCGUGGUCGGCUUCGUGGCGAGCAUCAACCUCACCCUCACAAAGUGGUUUUCACGAGUGGUAUUCCAGAUGCCGCAUCAAGAGAUUGUGGACAGCCUGAAGCUAUGCCUGGUGGGCUCCUUAAAAAAGUUUUAUGAGGUGAAUCACUGUCUCCCAGAGAAGAUUGUGGUGUACCGCGAUGGAGUGUCUGAUGGCCAGCUAAGGACAGUUGCCAGCUAUGAGGUUCCUCAACUACAGAAGUGUUUUGAAGCUUUUGAGAAUUACCAGCCCAAGAUGGUGGUAUUUGUAGUUCAGAAGAAAAUCAGCACCAAUCUGUACCUGGCUGCUACCGAGCACUUUGCAACUCCCUCCCCUGGGACCGUGGUCGAUCAUACAAUCACCAGCUGUGACUGGGUGGAUUUCUACCUCCUCGCCCACCACGUACGACAGGGCUGCGGCAUUCCUACACACUACGUGUGCGUUCUCAACACUGCGAACCUGAGCCCUGAUCACAUGCAGAGGUUGACUUUCAAACUGUGCCACAUGUACUGGAAUUGGCCUGGCACCAUCCGAGUUCCAGCUCCUUGCAAGUAUGCCCACAAACUGGCUUUCCUGUCAGGACAGAUCUUGCAUCACGAGCCAGCCAUCCAGCUGUGCGAGAACCUGUUCUUCCUGUGACCGGGUCACCCGGAUAUGGGCUGCUUAGAGGGAUUAGACUUCUGAGCCCAGCUUCAACUCCUGCAGGAUCCAGGGGUUUUCAAGUUGAUGUUUUCCCUUUCACCAACCUAGUAGGAUAAGAUGCCUUUUUUGCCUAUUUUUUUCUCUUUUAAACCUGGUAUCACCAAGAAGCAAGUUCCAUUCUGAAUAUCAGCUGGAAAUUGCCUGGUUGUCUUUGUAAAGUAAAUGAGGGUGAUAGUGCUACUGUGCACGGGAACCCUUGAAGGACCUGCAGGGCCAACGGGAGCUGCAGAAGCAGCAGUCAUACCUGGCUCUGCCCACUAAGCAGGUCCUAUUUCUGGCACGGAAGUGAUAAUGAAGUCACUGCCAAAUUUCUUAAAGCGGAGUUACUUUAUUUGAGCAACUGGGAAAAGUAAUAACAAGGCCUAUGAGGCAAAGUUUUUCAAGAUACUGCUGCUGCUGGCAAAUGCAAAAGACACUAGGAAAACCAGCUGGUGGUAUAAUCAGACCCUUGCUGGUCUGAUCUUUGGGGAUUGCGUGUGUGGCACCUGUAAUAACCUGAGCAGGCCUUGAAAGGCAGUUCAGGCCUCUCCUGCGAGAGGCCAGGUAAUGUCUUUCUGUAUAUUUCAGUUACUUCACAGUAGACCAUGGCGAUUUCUUCCUUUGCCCACCACACCUUUGUUCUUCGUAACUGAUUUUUAUUUUUGCAGUUUUUAAUUUUUUUUUAAUUUUAGAGAGAGAGGGAAAGAGAGAGAAACAUUGACUUGAUUCACUUAUUCAUGCAUUCAUUGGUUGAUUCCUAUAUGUGCCCUGACUGGGGGGUCGAACCUGCAACCUUGGUACAUUGGGACAUUGCUCCUCCAACUAACGGAGCUACCUGGCCAAGGCCAUAAAUUUGUUUUCAAAUUUAAGAAUCAGAGCAGGUGAAACUAAACCACAAGGAAGGUUUAUGAUGGGGGGUGAGCUCUUCUUGAACCUUUCUCCCGGUUGUGUGGCCUUCUUUUCUGUUGCUGUAUGUUUGUAAAUUGAAUCAUUCAUUUUCCUAACUCAAUAACUUUUUCCUGGAUGUUGGCUCAUUUUGUUAGGAAAUUUUCUGAAUCCAGGCUGAAGUUGGCUUUGGAAAGCAUGACACUUCUGCCAAAGUGCAGACAUUUCAGUUGAGAAAGUUGUCACUGUGCCUGUGGGUUUCAGUGUUUGGAGGAAGCACUGGUUUUUGUGUUUAUUUUCCCUGUUUUAAAAUAUUCUUUCAGUCCCUUCAGAGUUAGUUCAUGCUUACUGUGCUUUAACUGGGUUUUAAAAGCUAAUUUUAUUUAACCUUUUCAAAUUUUUACUUGCUUAAUUUGUGGAGUGAUGGCAGGAGGGGAUAAGUCAGAAAUUCCCAUUUUAUAUGACAGUGUGUAAGAAGAGGAACUUCAGCUGAAAACUCCUGAGAAGAAAACCAAGCAAACUGUCAGUUUGUCACAGAGCUCAGCAGCAGUUGAUGAGCUCUGGGUGCUGCCGGUCCUCAAGUGCACCCUGGUCUUGUGUGGGGUGCGCAUGCAGGGGAAGACCUGGAAUUUAAAAACCAUCGCAUCAAACAAAUUGGAGCACUGGUCUCUGUCAGUUUUCUCUUUGGAAACAUCUGGAGUUGCUCUUUGGAGGUUGGAUCUCUUAAUACUCAUUUUCUCUUACGUAAUAAAAAAUACUUCAAUAUAA